AUGGCGCAAACAAUGGUGAACGGCCACCGCGAAGUUGAAAUGCCAGCACCUCCUGUUGACCCUCUCUCAAGACCACAGACACCUCCACCUCCCCCGUUCGCUGAGGGUGAACCGCCUCCGCCUCCUCUAGAAGCAAGAUUUGCACCACCUCCUCCACCUGCAGAUUCAAGUGUCCCCCCUCCCCCGCCUGAGGUAGUGCCGCCUCCUCCUAGCGAUGACCCAGACUCUACGACAAAUUUGGUCAAGCCGCAACCUCCGAAGAAGAAAGGAUGGGGUACGGCAAAGACGGCGAAGGCGACGCCAUUGAGUGUGGAGGAACUGCUCAAGAAGAAGAGAGAAGCGGAUCUUGCGGCCAGCAAACCAAAGUUUCUCUCCAGGGCGGAGCGUGAGAAGCUCGCUCUGGAGAAGCGGCAGAAGGAGAUUGAGGCAACAUCUGCUCAGAAACAACCAAAUGGGGCAGUACGGAACGUCUCUUCUGUGACGGCGGGAUCGUCCAGGCCAAGUUCAGCACCCACGGGGCCAAAGGCUCUACGCAAUGGAGACGUCCCCACAGGUCCUGCUGCGAUGCGGUCCCGAGAACCCAACAAGGGCGUCGACUUGGCGCCACCUGCGGCGCCCAAAUCGAUUGCGUUUGGUGGUGAUUCCAGGGCACACAAACGAGGAGCGGAGGACGACCGGACUGAAAAGCCAGAAUCGGAGAUCAUCCGACAGAGAUAUAUGGGUGCUGAUAUGAACGUGUCGACAUUCUCUGCGCUGAAGAAGAGGCGGCGGACGACAGAAAAGAAAUUCAACUUCGAAUGGAAUGCCGAGGAGGACACCACGCCCGACUACAAUCCCAUCUAUAACAACCGCGCCGAGGUAAACUUCUUCGGGAGAGGUCGACUGGGUGGGUUUGAUGAGCAAGCGGCUGAUGCAGCUGCACGAAAGUAUGCAGAGGCAUUGCAAUCGAGAGACACGGUUGCUGGAGCAGCCCGCGCGCAAGAGAUUCUCGAAAUGGAGCGCAAGAGGAAGGAAGAAUCUGGUCGGAUGGCCAUUGACAAACACUGGAGCGAAAAGAAAUUGGAACAUAUGCGCGAACGGGACUGGCGUAUCUUCAAGGAGGAUUUCAACAUCAGCACGAAAGGUGGCGGCAUCCCCAACCCCAUGCGCAAUUGGAAAGAAUCUGGACUUCCGAGAAGGCUAUUGGACAUCAUCGACCAAGUUGGAUAUGUUGAUCCGUCGCCCAUCCAAAGGGCCGCCAUCCCCAUCGCUCUUCAAAACCGCGACCUCAUCGGUGUUGCAGUGACCGGUUCCGGCAAGACUGCAGCUUUCCUCCUCCCCUUACUUGUCUACAUCGCCGAACUUCCCCGUCUAGACGAAGACGACAUGCGCCGUAACAAUGGGCCCUAUGCCAUCAUUCUUGCUCCCACCCGUGAACUUGCCCAACAAAUCGAAAUCGAGGCCAAAAAGUUUGCGACACCGCUUGGUUUCACGGUCGUCUCGAUAGUAGGAGGUCACAGUAUCGAGGAACAAGCUUACAACCUACGCAAUGGCGCAGAAAUUAUCAUCGCAACGCCGGGUCGUCUGGUUGACUGUAUUGAACGCCGCAUCAUUGUGCUGGAGCAAUGCUGCUACGUGAUCAUGGACGAAGCAGACCGCAUGAUCGACCUUGGUUUUGAGGAGCCUGUGAACAAAAUCCUCGAUGCACUACCCGUCAGCAAUGAGAAGCCCGACAGUGAGGCCGCGGAGGACGGAAGAGCGAUGUCCCGCCACCUUGGUGGGAAAGACCGAUACCGCCAGACAAUGAUGUACACGGCAACUAUGCCUGCUGCGGUCGAGAGAAUAGCGCGAAAAUACCUGAGAAGGCCGGCGAUCGUGACAAUCGGUAAUGUGGGCGAGGCGGUCGACACAGUCGAACAACGGGUGGAAUUCGUCGCUGGCGAAGAUAAACGUAAGAAGAGGCUGAACGAGAUCCUUUCCAGUGGAGAGUUCCGUCCACCCAUCAUCGUCUUUGUGAACAUCAAGAGGAACUGCGACGCCGUGGCUCGGGACAUCAAAACCAUGGGCUUUAGUAGUGUGACAUUGCAUGGGUCCAAGACGCAGGAACAGCGUGAGGCCGCUCUGCAAUCGGUCCGGGACGGCAAGACGGACGUUCUUGUUGCGACCGACUUGGCCGGCCGCGGUAUCGAUGUCCCCGAUGUGAGCUUGGUGGUAAAUUUCAACAUGGCCACCAACAUCGAGUCCUACACCCACCGUAUCGGGCGUACCGGACGAGCUGGCAAAUCCGGUGUGGCGAUCACGUUCCUGGGCAACGAAGACAACGACGUGUUGUACGAUCUGAAGCAGAUGCUCAUGAAGAGUUCCAUCAGCAGGGUCCCAGAGGAGCUGAGGAAGCACGAAGCCGCACAGCAGAAGAGAGGCGCCGGAUUGGCGAGCGGCGACAAGAUGAAGGGCGGGAAGACGGCCAGCGAUGAGAGUGGCGGCUUCGGAGGGAAGGGCGGUGGUGGUGGCUGGUAG